AUGCGCAAGUCGUGGUUUUUCGUUGCAAGCAGCAACGAAGCUCCUGAAUACCAAAAACUUGCCGUCAAUGAGAAACUCGCAGGGGACAGGUCCGACUACAAAUGGAAGCCCCGAUUUCAGGCAAUGACUGCCGUCUACGUUAUCACUACGCUUUGCCUUGUUGCAGUCUACUUUCUUGACGCAAAGAAUAAGAUUGGAGUUGAAUGGGCUUUACCGUCAGAUGUCGUCUUUGGUCACAACCAGUCCUACAGCGAUAUAUUCCCAGGCUCUGCAUCGUCGAAUCUAAAAAAUGCAACGCUCUGGGACGCUUUACAGCCACCUAACGUUGAAUUGAGUGCAGGUGGUGGAGGGCUUAUUGCAGUGUCUGAUCCCAGAAAGCUUGGCCUUGUCGGCGGACUUCCUCUGGGGAAGGAGGCGAAGGAGGAGAGGCUGCGUGAAGGAUAUGGCAUCUCCAUGUUCCAUCAAAUUCAUUGCCUUGUGACAAUCAGGACUGCUAUUCGAACUCGCACGUUUAAUGACCAGCAUCUCGACCACUGCCUCGACUACCUUCGACAAGCCAUCAUGUGCACAGGAGAUACAACUCUUGAAAAGGUCAUUAUAGACGACGAUGGGAAAUUCAAGGCCGAGAUCGAUGGAUGGGGCACUGUACACGAGUGCAGAAGUUGGCACAUGCUCUUUGAGUUUGCUGAGAGGCAGCGCGCGUAA